AUGUCAAGCUCUUCAGUACCAACAACUUCUAAAUUUACUUCCAAUCUGUUGUCAUUCUCAAGCCUGAAGGAAACAUCCAGUUCCAGUCCUUUGCUAUCAUCGAGUUUGGAAAAAAGUUCGGGCUUUUCAUCAAAGAGUUAUGGACUCAUUUCCAAUCCGUCGUCAUCGACAAACUCAAAGGAAGCAUUGAGCUCCGACCCUCCGAAAUCGUCAAGCUGGGCGGGGUUGUCUAGCUCGUCAUCAAAAAGUUACAAAUUAACAGGAAGUCCGUCGCUCUCCUCUAGAUCAGCCACAACGUACAGUUCACCGUCUUCCAAACGCUUGAAGAAAACCGCUAGCUCCAGUAUGUCACUAUCGUCACUACCGUCAAGUUUGACAACAUCUUCCAGCUCCAGUCUUUCGUUCUCGUCUAGUUCGAAGAAAUUUGGAAGCUCGUCAUCAGCUAGCCUUGAGGGAGUUUCUGACACGUCGGUACGACCAAGCUCCAUGGCUACCUAUAAAUUGACGUUGUCUUCAGAUUACAAACUUUCAACGUCUUCCUCAAGUAAAAGCAUCUCCACCAAAUCUUCGCAGAGUGAGUCAAAACUGGGAGGCAGCCCUAAUCCAUCUUUUGAUAGCUCUUUUGAAAGCACGUCAGAUUCUUCUUCAAAGCAAUCAGCUAGUUCCACAAGUGUAAAGUCACCAACCUCGCUUUCAUCCACGUAUUUCCUUUCUGUUGCCUCUAGUGGUACACCGAGUGCUUCUAGUGCUGUUGAUGAUGGUGCGAGAACUACCGAAGAUGCAGACAAGUCAUCUUCCAUUGCUCAGUACCCCAUAAUUACAAUUUCAGCAGCAGCAACAUCAAAAUCAUCUAAUGGUUACAUCUCAUCAUCCUUUUCAUCUCAUUUUGGGAAACAGUCAAGUAUGGCCGUCUCAGCAGAACUGUCCUCGAGGUAUCCAACCAAAGAAAGCUACGAACCAGGAACUACACAGUCAGCUUCCACAAUAGAUACCAGUUUGGGAUCCAAUUCACCUUUGACGUAUUCCUCCUUUUCAGUUGAUAAAACCUCCUCGUUUCAAUCUACCCUUUCGCAGGAGUCUAGGUCUCUUUUCUCAGCUUCCACCGAAAAUCCCACCCAAUCAAGCGUCACGUCAUCCACUUCUUUACACAGUCUGUCAAGGACGAUAACUACAGCAGAUUUCUCAGCUCGAAAUUCAUUUUCUAGUCAGCUUUCUGAUAUCUCGCUAACUAAAUCGAUAGUAUCUACCGACACAGGUUCCGAAUCUCUAGAACCAUUUUCCACAGGCUACUUCACGCAAGGUAAUCAAAUUUCAGGAAUUUUUGUGGGAUUAAACAGAGCCUCAAUAUCUUCCUCCACUGAAAGUUCGACAUCAGGGCUUACAGACACAGUAAGUUCAAGACCAACAGACAGUUCGGCGUCAGGGCUUACAGACACAGUAAGUCCAAGACCAACAGACAGUUCGGCAUUAGGGCUUACAGACACAGUAAGUCCAAGACCAACAGACAGUUCGGCAUUAGGGCUUACAGACACAGUAAGUUCAAGACCAACAGACAGUAAAGCUACAACAUCUUCCACUUCUUCUGCCCACGAACAGUCUUUGACUUCACAAUCUUUUGCGUUUGCUGCUAUUGACUCUUCCAGUUUCGCAUCCUCUGGCACAUCCGAUCGCUCUCCUUCGGGCUCGCAACCAAGCGGGUCUGGACAUUAUCGAAGCACCGUAAUGUCAUCGGGCAUGAAAUCGUAUGCGAGCUUAUCCUCUGCUGACUAUUCAACUCCCAUGAGCUCCGAACUUUCUAAGAGUUCGACGUUCAGAAACUCAUUUUCAGAGAGCACCACUAACAUUAUGAGCGAUAAGGCGUCCUCAUUGAGCGGUAGCGGAUACAUGACUGCCAGUGCUGUCGAGAGUAAGACAUCAAUAUCAAAUUCGAUAUCUUCUUUCAAGCUCGUCUCUAGCUCCCGUUCUAUCCAGUCGGCUGAACGUAAAACGCAAAGUCCUACUACAACAGAGACGCCAGUCUAUUCAUCCACCGGAAAAGGGACGCGAAGCGCUUCAACAGCCCCUGCCCCGGAUGAGCAGGCGAUUUUGACUUCCAGUUCAGGUAUAGUGUCAUCUGUUGUUAAAGCUUCUUCAGAAACCGGCGCUACUGGCACCAUAGCGAAACAGCCAUCAACUUCUAGUAGCAUGAUAUCAGAUUUUCAAACUUCAAUACCCACUACUCUCGAUUCCAGUGCCCCUGGUUCAACGACAUCUUCCAGCGACGCCGCUUUACAAUCAAUCAAAAGUAGUGAACCUGAGCCUAAUAGGCGUACAAGCUCAUACAGCAUCAGUGGUCAAGAAUCAAGAAGUGCGGAAUCAGCUGUUAUUUCAACUGCAAACUCUAUGUCAGUCACCCCGGAAUCAUCUAUGAAGCAGUCGUCAACUACCGCCAACCAGCAAACGUCUUUAACUUCUUUUCCUGACAAAAUUUCCAGUAGCAUCACAGAAGGUACCGCUAUAACACAAUCUAGAAUUACCUCCAAUAGCGAAUCAACGUCUCAAGCGUCCUUCCAAUUCAGACCAACGGAAGGUUCAUCUCUUCCUAGUUCCGGGACUUCCACUAGGGCGACGACCAGUUUCACCACUGGCCAUUCAUCUUCACUGGCCACCAACGUGCCACAAGACUCCCAAACAAGUCGUUCUACUACUUCCAUUCCAAGGAGUGUUUCGUUUUUGGGUCAUACUGAUUCAAGUUUUUCCACAUCGAAGGUGAGCGAAAUAAUGUCAGAUUACUCUCCUGUCUCCUCUCAUAGUGUUAUCACAACCUCCACCUCUAAUACCAUGGGUAAUGCAGUUUCUGCAUCAAUUUCUCCUUCGAGCACGAUUGCUUCAUCUGUUUCAACCUCUACGACCGACACAAGAACCAUGCAUUCAGUUUCAUUGCUCUCUGUGACUCAGGGCAGUACGGAGCGAACAUCUUCCGACUACACCUCCAGUUUUACUAGCAUGCGUGAAUUUGCAACAUCAACGGGAUUGUCUUUUAGUCACGAUUCAAGUUUGCGGCCAUUAGUGUCUACUGAAAUCUCGUUGACUAGUGAAGCCUCCAGAAGUUUGUUGGCGACCGGGACGCCUUCCAAAUCUAGCAGUGACAGUACCAUGCCAUUCGCUUCUGCCGUGCCAAGUUCUGAGAUUGGUGAUAGAAUAUCGAAAAAAUCCUCAGAAUCAGCUACUAUAAUCACCAUGGCCUCCGCCUUAUUAACGUCGAACUCUGCUGAGACACAUCACAUUUCGAUCUCAUCAACAGGCUCAAGCGCUAAAGGAUCUUUGCAUUCUAUAGCCGCUCCAACUUCUGAUGCCACCUUACAAUCUACUUCCAGGCCUAUAUCUGCAUCAACUAUAUCGUCCACUCCUGCCAUUGUCGACUUUUCAAGCGCUUCUGUGAAGAAUACCCACUCUACAGGUUCGAUCCCCCAGGAGGGUUUAUCGAAGACCAAUAGUUUCCCCUCGUCUCCCUUAUCUGAUGUUGUAAAUACUUACAUGAGUAGUCAGAUGACAACGAGCCCAACUAAGGUACUAAGCACAACCGCUAUAACCAACUCUCUGGAGUUAUCAACAAAUGCUGCUUCACAUUCAACUGCCAUCAAUCCCUCGUUAAGUGGUUCUGAUUCACCAUCAAAAGCUACACUUUCUCCACUUUUGUCAACUAGUGGAACCUCUCUCAUCAGCAAUGGCCAGAACUCGCAGUACUCUUCAACUUCCUAUUGGCUCCCAUCUAAUAUUCUCACAGAGUCGCCGUCAGACCAAGGCUCAACUGCCUCCGAGGCCAGCUUCGAUGCUAGUGCCACCGCUACUCUACCACAAGUAAUCUUACCACCCACUGCGGUCCCUAAACCGGACAACUACUCAGUUAUUACUAUUGGGUUCAAAAGAGAACUGAACUACCCCUUUCUAAUCAACAACCCUUUGGCUUCCGCACAGAUAUUCAGUUUUCUCCCCAACAUUCUGAAAUAUCCUUUUGUUACUUUGCGCUCACACUUGAACAUGACUUCUCAUAUCACUAAGAAACGAAGUCUCGAUGGGGUGCUCGUCGACAGCCAAAACCUAGUUACCUCUGGAAAUUAUAGCCAACAUACUGACAGAUCACGAUUAUUUGAUGCUCUUGAAUCGAACUUCUCAGAAAUUACAGUGAAUUCUAUUAUGCCUCUGAUAGUUUCUGGAGACUCAUACAUCAGCUCGGUAGCUGUGGUCUAUUUCCCUUCGAGCGCGGUGGAACUUUUACAACACAUGGUACUGAACAAUGCUUCGGGAAUAUACAAGAACCCUGAUGCUUCCUUGAAAUCGCUGGCUCUUCUGAUUGACCCAACUAUUCCACUCACCGGCCUUAUCAAUUCUCAAGAUUCUGGCAGCGGGGAAUCUUCUGGGGAUGGUGGGGCCUCAAGCUCAAGUUCCCCAGGAUCGGGUGCGGCCGGCAACUCUAAAGGCAAUAAUCACGAGGGCGACAGUGGCUCAGGUGCUUUGAAUGCCUACAACCUUUUUACCAUUAAUUUCAAAUGUGCGAAGAGGAUAAUAAUUUUACUACCCGUGUUUCUGAUUUUCUUAUCUUCAUGGAUAUUGGUAUCAUUGUUUAUGUUUGGCCGUCUUUCCAAGGUAAAACCUGUCUACGGAAAUUUGAAUGCCUUAAAGAAAAAGUGGAAUGUCGAUAAAGAUGCCGUGGCAGCAUAUUUCAUGGCCCCGCAGUGUAUUGAUUCACAAUCGUAUCGAGAUCUCGAAAAGUAUCCCUUUGCUCCCCAGGGACAGUUCGAUGACAGUAGUUCAGAGAACUAUGACGAUGAUUUGCUGCCUGUGGGUGACAAUAUGAUAUUCAGUCAGAGCACUGGCUUAUGUUAUCAUCUAGACAGCGACGGAAAUUUCUUUUAUGCAGGCGCUCACAACAAUACCUCCAAGGGCAACCUGGCUCAGACUCUUCAAAACUCGGAUAUCAAUGACGUAACAUCUGUUGACCAUUCUGCAAAUAAUGCUGUCAACUCGGCACUAGUUAUUGGACUGCACGAAAAUUCAGAUGUGGAUGAUGAGCUGAGUGUUGACGAGGAUGGGAACGUUGAGCUUUCCGUGCUUGAAUUUGAGCCACUGUCUGUUGACGCUCAUAAUACUGAUACCUUCGAGAGUUAUAAUAACCAGCAGUACUACAAACUCAACCAGUACCUGCAAAAUUUGUCUGGUGAUGACAUUGCGGUAACGCAUUCGCUCCCGGAAGGUUUGAAGGAAGAACACGGCUCUUCUUCUAACGGAGACACAAGUCAAGCGCCUCAUUCGAGUGAAAGUUCUAACUUGUUAGGUCAGCUCUCAGCAGAGGAUGAAAACCUUGAAGACUAUUUCUAUAGCGACGAUGCAAACACAGCUCACGUUGGCAUCGAAGCCCCAAUGUCUCUGAAUAUUCGCGGGAAUGCUAAUAAUGAACGACACGAUAAGAGGGAUUUGGAAUAUGAUUACGUCGACGAUUCUAACGACGUGGAGGAUCUUAACUUCGACUUCAACUAUUCGGAUGAGGAUAAUGAUCAAGAUGACGAAGUGAAUGACGUCCAUGUCGGCGACUUUGACGAAUUAGAUGAGAUGAUGUAUCGUCGUCUGUCGAGUGUUAGCGGGGUAACGGGAAUGAUUGGAGGAACGUCUAGCUCGAAUGAGUCUAGAAUUGGAUUACCCAUGCAUAAUUCAGGAACCGUUUUGUCGUCUUUUGAGAAAAGCCGCACUAUUUCCACAACGUCUGAAGACGCAUGGCGGAAGUCUAGCUUCAUUACGUCUCAAAGUACUCCGCCUACGAAUACAACCGAUAAUUUCGACCAAGGACGACUAUCAAAGGAGCACGUACCACCAGCUCGGCCACCUAGGCCCGCUUCUGUGAUAAGUUUGGACAAUGAGAAAACUUCUUUGGAUUGGAGGCUUACCGAACAAGCCUCUAAAAAUGAGAAAGCCAAUGCGGUAAGAGAGGAUCUAAGCAGAGAGAAUAUCCAUUGGGAAGCAGACGAAUCAUCCCUCACACAUAUUGCCAGCGAAGGGGAGAAUGCGUCUUUCGCUCGAAAUCGCCAGAAUGGUCCGCAGAGUAACCGAUUGUCGCGGAUAGAGAAAUCCAAAAGAGCAAGCUUUCGACAAUCAGUGGCAUUCACGCUACAGAGCGCAAAUAUUUUCAGUGGCAGUGGUCGUAAGCGUUCACAUACCACCCAUGAAGUCGGUAGCCACGGCCACACCAAGGAAGAAUUGCAUAAACUUAAGAUCUCAGGUCCCAUAUUCUCAGAGAAUUCUCUCGGGUGGGGAGAAAUUUAG